UAUCAGUCACGUGACCUCAAGCUUAAGGUAUUUUGGAAAGCGUUGGUCGGGGGGCAUAUCAUCUCACCACGAACACCACCACGCCGUUCAUCCCGCACGUCAGAGACCAUGCUAGUUUCACUCACAGUUGGGAAAGUCGACGCCGGCGUUGCCGUGCUUCUGACCGAAGACAAACGCCUGAUCGAAUUUCCUUCUAUUCUCCUCCCUCCAGACAUUUCCUCCGGCUCGAUUGUCGACAUUACCGUCAGCCGCAACCACGAAUCCGAGUCCCGCUCCGCCUCUGCCUUCCAUAACCUCCAAAGCACGAUAUACCGCACCUUUGGCCAGAAGACACCUUCUCCCCCGGUGCUGCGCUGCCGAAACGCGACUCAGACCUCCGUUGUCCUAGAAUGGGACCCUAUCGACAUCGCGACCGCUUCGCUGCGCGGCCUGACGCUCUACCGCAAUGGCAGCAAGGCAGGCACGAUUCCAAACCCCCGCGAGGUUCACAGCACGAAGUUGAGCGGCUUGGCGGUUGACACGGAGUACACAUUCCACUUAGUCCUGAGGACGAGCGCAGGAACAUAUUCGAGCGAGAAGCUGAAGGUCAUGACGCACAAGAUGACAGAGCUGUCGGGUAUCACGAUCACACCAGGCCAGAUGCCUGCUGCGUUGCGCGAGUCGCUGAACGCGACAGUGCAGCGGAUUGGCGCAAAGAUUGUGGAUACAGUUCGAAUCGACACGACGCACUUUAUCUGCACAGAUGGUAGAGGUCAGGCUUGGGAGAAGGCAGUGGAGAACAACAUCCCGGUGGUUGUUCCGGACUGGAUCAAGGGGUGCGAGCGCGAGGGCAGGCUGGUGGGAGUGAGAGGAUACUAUCUGAAUGCAGACCCGAGGCUGAGGCAGGUCGGCCCUGGCGUGGGCGCACCACAGCAGCAGCUCAGAAGCCCACAGCAACCUCAGCCCAGUCCAACUACCCAGGUCACACCGCCUACUCCUGAAAGGGCGACUGCGAGUCAAAGGGGCUCUAUUGCGAGCGAUGUACGACAAAGCGGUAGCGAAGAAGACACACCACCGCCCCCGCCACCGAAGUUUGACCCCGAAACGGAGAAGGUCUCGAAUGAGGCCUCUGAACCUAAGACAGCAACGGAUGAGCAAAAAGUCCGCACUUCAGAUCUCAAACCGUCAAGUCCUAGCGUGGAGGAUGAGGAGGAGAGCUCUGAAGAAGAGGAGGACGAGGGCGGUGAUGAGAAAGCUGUGGAAGCCGGUUUGCCCGUGAGGGAAAAGCAAGGGGAAGGCAGUAAGACACCAGAGGACGACAAAGCGAGUUUCCACGAUGUGAGCCUGUGAUCGAAGUGCUUGUGGACGAGCCGUCAUUACAAAUUGGUUGUUAUUAUCUCGAAGGAAGUUUGGCUUCUCAUUUGGUAGUAGCGAGAUAUCCACCAGCGAUGGGGUUCAGGGGUCGGGGUUUAGAAAAAGGUGAUGUUCUGCUUUUAAGCGUGCUCGCUAAGUUUCAAUGUACAAAUAGGUCUAUCAACACGAUUGUAAUAAUCUGCAGGAUGCUCGGCGAGAAAUGAGCCCAGACUUGCGCAUUCUCCGUGAGACUACUGACAUGUCCUAAGCUGGACAGUCCGGUCAACGGUCCUGCCAACAGUCCGGCCUCCUAUCAAGCCGUCGUAGGUGGUUCAAUACUGUGUUUUCGCUUCCAAUUGUCAUCUGCCUGUCGCUUGGGGCUGUUGG